AUGGUGGUUGGCAUUGAGCCGCCUCCUACCAGUCGCCGCCUGCGGCCCGACAGCGGCUCGUGUCUUCCUGGGGUGGAGCUGCUCACCGCUGCCGUGAAUUCAGGACGACCGCCCGGCUCUGGCCCCCUCAAGCGGGCAGUCAGGAAGAAGCUCGCCGGGAAGGGAUGGCCUGGUCGGGAGGCGACCACCGCGGUGGAGGCGAUAGAGAAGCGAUGUCUGGAACUGUUUGAUAGAGACUACAAGUACAGCAUCAUCUCUAACUCCAGUGGAGAGGUCUGCGGCCACUACCCCCGUCAGAUCGUGUUCCUGGAGUACGAGUCUACAGAGGUGGACAGAGACAGAGACAGGUACGUCCCCAGUCAGAGAGCAGCCAGUGUCUCUGAGGCAGAGGGAGGAAGUGACAACUGUUCUUUCUCGUUCUUUUCAGGCUGCGAGUUUUUCAAGGACUACAAAGACAAUGACUACACGGCGGAGGGCCUGGUGUUCAACUGGAAUCAGGUACCGGUUUGCUUCUUUGUGUGCUUAGGGAACCUGAACAUCGACUGGACUCGGUACCAGUCGUGGGACCUGGUGGAGCAGACCCAGAAUUACCUGAAGCUGCUCCUCCACAUCAUCAACAGCGAUGAUGACAGCGGGCUGCUGGUGCACUGCAUAUCAGGCUGGGACCGAACACCGCUGUUUGUUUCCCUCCUCAGACUCUCCCUGUGGGCAGACGGAGCCGUGCACGCCAACCUCCAGCCUGCUGAGAUCCUCUACCUGACCAUUGCUUAUGACUGGUUUCUCUUUGGUCACAUGCUGCCAGAUCGACUCUCCAAAGGGGAAGAGAUUUUCUUUUUUUGCUUCAAUUUUUUGAAGCACAUCGUCUCAGAGAAGUUCUCUGCUGUCAGGAAACAGAGGAGGAAAAACUCCCACUUCAAAGACAGUGACUUCACUGUGGAGGACCUCUGCCAGCUGAGGUCCAGGGACCGCGGCAGCAUCACCAGUCUGAGCAGCGACUUCUCCCUCAUCACCGAAGAGCUGGCUGGAGCCUCCUGUCCCAACGCUGAACCCAUGGACCUGUUCUCCGGCCAGCCCCAGGCCUCCAGCGGGAGGAAAGUACAUGCCUCCUCUCCUCCGAUGGUGUCCUGGUGUAAACAGAACCCUCUGGAUGAGAUUCUCUCUCAUCCAGCCAACGAGGCCAAGUCUUCCAGCUCGUCCUCCUCCAACCAAUCAGACCAUGGCGUCACUCGCUCCGGCAGCAGCCCGCUGGCUGUCCCCACAAGAGGGUUAGCAGCAGAGUUCUCCAGAUCAGGCUCCUCCCUGUCCACAGAGUACGGAAGCUGGCAGAUAGUUUCCGGUUGUGGCAGCAUCCACGACCACGGCCACUUUUCUCAGCCGAUGGCCUCGGUUUCCUCCAACUCGUCUGCCGUCACCUCUGCCUACGAUUCCCCACUGCCCUUCAGCUUCCAGGACGAAGGGCCCAGUGGGCGGAUGUGCUCGCUGCCGUCGGAGCGCCAGGCCCGCCUGGAGGCGGUUCGGGAGAUCUUCCUGGCCGCCUACAGCUCCACCGUGGGCCUCAGGUCCUCGACCCCCAGCCCCUCCGGCGCCAUCUCCGGCCUGCUGGAGCAGUUUGCCCGCGGGGUCGGCCUCCGUGGCAGCAACGCCAUCGUUUGAACUCUUCCUCUGUGACUCCAUCCCCUAACCCCUUGUAGCUUCCAUGUUUCACCCCAUCCUGGGGCCAGAUGCAUAAAACAGUUUCAUGAUCAAAAUGGUUGUGUUCACACAGAUCAAGAAAAUGUGUUCAUGCACUGUUAUCACUCAUAAACUGCAAGUUACCUGAAAUUGCACACACAUCGGAUGCCAUUUUUCUCUUUAAAGCAGACUUUGCUCUGCACAGCAACACAACGCGACACUUCUCAGUGGUUCCUGUUUUCCCCUGCCGUGUGAACAAGCUCAAAUUGGAGAGUGACGCUCAGCGUUGACCAGAGGUUGAGCUUCACAGUAAACCAGACCACCAUGUAGAAGAUCCGACUGUGUUGCUGCAAGACGAAAGAAAGUGUCUUUAGAACUGAUCGUGGUCUAAGUGAAGCUUCACUUCUCCAGUCGGAUGUUUGGAACGGUGAUGGAGAAUUAUCAGCUGCUCCAUCACCACAGGCACGUUCAUCCCGUCCCAGUCUGCUGCCGCCUUCACUCCAGCAGUUUGGUAACCAAUAGCAACAAUCCCCAUCCAGGAGCAGCCAGAGGUUUUUUGCAUGUUUGUGUGAAACACAAAAGGCCACCGUUGGUCUCAAACGGUGUCCGCAUCCGAUGAUGGUGUGAAAACAUUGUUAUGCAUCUGGCCUCAAUGACGUGCCAACCAGCUCUGCUCAGGUAAUGCGCCCUCAUUGUAUUUCCAUCCUGGAGACGUUCUCGCAUUCAGGGAGAGGAUUAGCUUCCUCCAGGCUGACUGACUAAAAGGGACGGUGGGAAAUGGAGACGAGCCUAUAAUCCCCCCAAAUCCCCACCCCAGUACUAAGAGUUCUGUCAGCAGAAUGGUUUUACUUUUCUUCCGUGCUGCUAUUGUUUCCAAAGCCAGUCCAGAGGGAAGAACUGUACUUCAGGUGGUUAGUGUAGAGGGCAACACUUCGUCUUCUGUUUGCUAGCUCAUUGAAUUCUUUGUCUCUCUUAUUUGCUGCAUUAGUUCACUGAUUGGGCAGAUGUGAACCCAGCUGUGUUCUGCCUGCGUUGAAUAGAUGAAGGUACACACCAUUAAAUGCAACGUCAUCUGCAAUGGCAGACCUGGCCAGAAAAAUGAUGACUAUGGGGAGAAUAUUGGCUCAUCCUGAGUUAAAAGAAGAACUUUAACAGGUAGAGGGAUGUGUGUUGGGAUCAUAGAGAGUUUUGUUCAGCGCUCUUGUAUUAAAUCUUCAACAUGAAGAGAAGCGUAACAUGACAUGAGACUGCAGCCUCAUCUCAUGUCUCUCUCUCUUGUUUCAAUAAGUUUGCAUUUCAUGGCGGAAUCGGCCUUGUCCAACAUGUUCUGUGUACAGUUGAAACACUGUCGUCCAAGUAGAAAUCACUCUUAUGUCAGCCAAUCUGUGAUCCUGCUAGAAUGUUUUUUCAAUCUCUUGUUACGCUUGAGGAAAGGCCCUGGGUCAGUUCGCCCUGUUUCUAGUCGUAAGCGGUUAGAGACGGAUGUCUACCGAAACCGAGUCACUGACGCUUGAUGGUUUGCUGGUUUAGCAUCGUCGUGUUGUGGAUGUGCUUUGUAAACCUCAUGGCAGAACUUGUCUGAAGUGUUGAAACCUUGAACUCCAUCACUGGAUGGAGCCAAACGGGUUCAUGUUUUUGGGCUUGCAAGAGGGAUUCCUCACCAGUCCCUCUUCUCUCUGGGAUGACACAACAUGCACCUCUUUGUGUCCAAUAGCUUCAACAUUGCGCGACUGUCUGCCAUUUGUACUCCCACAACGGUGGGGAAAUUCCACAAUGUGACCACCGGCCUACGACCCAGGAAUGCUGUCAUCUGUGUCUAGGAGGGAUCCUCUGAUUCUGGUGAUAGUCAUUCUUUUGACUCGCUGCAACAGCUCCCUGUAACUCUGUUACCCUCUUCAAUACGCCAACACAUCUGCCUUUUUAGAAGCUAUAUGCAGAUUAAAUCACCGACGUCUGCAUUUGUACCAAAUUAUGUCCAAACUGAACUGUUAAAACUGCCUUGUUUGCCAUUGUGUUUAGCUCUGACAUCUCGUGUGUAAUUUUGCACCCAAGUUCAAUGACCUUCAACCUUUUCUUUUACGGACGUCUUUCAUCCGGUACAGUCAGGACGAACUGACCUAAAACCAUGAAGCCAACACCAGUCUUGUCUAAUACCUGUUCUCUGUGAUGUUUUCUUUGGUCUGUAGUUGAUUUUCUCAGUAAAAUCAGUUUGAUUAGGUGUGUGAAGGGACUGUUCCCUGGUGGCCUUAUCAAAAUCUUAAAGCGCUAAUCAUGCUGGUCUCUAGUCAGUUACAUGCAUAUCUUCUUGAGUCUAGAUUAUUGUUGACUGGCAGUCUGGAGAAUUUCAUCUCGAAUCCAAAGGCCUUCUCAAUGUGGGUUGGUUGGGCUCCCAGAAUGUUCUCAACACUGUGCCUUUAAGGUCACGCUCACCAGACUGUAUUUUUGGACUCUAAUUAAAGUUUUUAACCCUU